CCAACCCAACUUAGCUCCGGGUUCGUGGUGGGGCCGGCUGUAUUCCACAUAUGCUUUGCGGGCCAGUUCACCAGUUGCCCCUCCGGUCGCGUCGCUCCGGGCCACCCUCGACCGGGACAUGACGGCUCAUCGGCCUCAACGGCGCUUCAAGGCGAGUCCGUCCAACUUGCAAAAAGGGAGGAGUGCCCUCUGCGCACCAGCGAGUACUCACUCAACAACGGCAGCAUGCAUGUGGAGAGCGAGGACGAGGGCGAACUGGAAAACUAUUCCGGUGAGUCGUUCCUCCUUCCCUUUCCCGCCCCGCUUCUGUCCCUUCGCCAACCCUCCGGCCCAGCUCACUCCGGCCGCCAACCGGAGUCUGCAGUUUUUCUGCUCUUUUACACAUCCCUUUUGCAGACUGCCUACGCACCUUCGGGGAUAACGCCUAUCCUCCUCUCGGACUAA